GCAGCAGCGACCACGGCAGAAGAGAAGACCCCCACCAUGAUGAAGAACGGGCUUUCGCGGCACUUAAAGACUAAAUUAACUUUUUAAAUAUUUUUUAUUAGUAUUUAACUAAUUAUUGUUAAAAUAUUCGGGAUGAUACCGUCAAGUAUCCACGUACCUUUAGUGCUUUCAUCCGACACCGUGGUCCGCAAAGGGGAUAUAUGCCUGACUUCUCUUAAUAGCCAUUUUUUGCAGACAAAGAGAGCAGUUGAAUAGGGCUUUCACAAGGCACAAGGGUCCCAGGGGCUCCUAUUGAUGAAGAAAGUGGGCAACAUGUGGAGCAACCUGAAGAGCAAAUGCCAGACACUCUUUCACAACAACAGUUCAGGACCCAGUGAAAGCAGGGUUGAGGCAGAUGCCGUCCACUGUGUGGUGGAUCUUGGCCAAGGGGGCAGCUCAGGUGAUGCGCAUGCAUCAGGAGCCUCCAGUCCAUCAAGGAGCCUCCUACCAGUGCCAAUGGUAACAUCAGGACGCCGCCAUCACAACUGUGUGUCGGACAUCCCUCAGAUAGUAGAGAUCACUAUUGACAAGGACACUGAGGAUGUGCGGGGAGGAUCAGGGGGUGUUCCCUUGGCCCGGAGAGACUCCUAUUCCCGUCAUGCUCCAUGGGGGGGCAAGAAAAAACACUCAUGUUCCACCAAAACCCAGAGCUCUCUGGAGGCAGAUAGGCGGUCUGGCCGUUUAAGGGGGAGUGGUAAUCGCAGGGACAGGCGUUACGCAGUCAGCUCCAUCCAGGAGAUGAGCGACUCUGUAUCUGGAGGACGCAGUCUAAAUGCUCGGUCUUUGCGCCAGCGGCUAAGUGAUACAGUAGGACUGUGCUUACCCCUGCCUACUCGUAGACGCUCCCGUUCAACUAAGAACCCUGUCACCUCCAAACGUAAGAUUCACCUAACAGAGCUCAUGCUGGAGACCUGCCCCUUCCCACCAGGCUCAGACCUUGCUCACAAGUGGCACUUGAUCAAGCAACACACAGCACCGGUCAGCCCGCAUUCCUCCACUGCCCUGCUUGAUGCCUUUGACCCGGCCCACCCCUCUCCUGAGGAUGAAGAGGAACGUCUACGUGAGCGCCGCAGACUUAGCAUUGAGGAAGGUGUGGACCCACCACCUAAUGCACAGAUCCACACCCUGGAGGCCUCAGUGCCAGGCUCCUCUCUCUACAAACUGGGACCAAAGAUGGCUCCUGGCAUAGGAGAGGCCUCUGGGGAUGGCCGGGCCUCAGGGACUGGCAGCUCUGUGGGCGCUGGAUCAUCAGGGGCCUGUGGGCAGGUGUUGGGGGCUUCAGCAUCAGCCCAGGACUGUGACUCUGAGGAGGAUUCGACCACCCUCUGUCUACAGGCCAGGAGGCCUAAGCAGAGGCACGCCUCUGGCGAUGGUCACUUGAGCCGGCAGCAACCUGGACCGUGGAAGGUUCACACCCAGAUAGACUACAUCCACUGCCUGGUGCCGGACCUAUUGCAGAUCACUGCUCUGCCCUGUUACUGGGGUGUGAUGGACCGCUAUGAGGCUGAGGCACUGCUGGAUGGACGGCCGGAAGGCACCUUCCUACUGCGUGACUCAGCCCAGGAGGACUACCUCUUCUCCGUUAGCUUCCGCCGUUACAACCGCUCACUGCACGCCCGCAUCGAGCAGUGGAACCACAACUUCAGCUUUGACGCCCAUGACCCUUGUGUUUUCCACUCUUCCACCGUCACAGGACUGCUGGAGCACUACAAGGACCCCAGCGCCUGCAUGUUUUUUGAACCGCUGCUCACAGCACCUCUCCAUCGAACCUUUCCCUUUGGCCUGCAGCACUUGGCACGAGCUGCCAUCUGCCGCUGGACCACAUACGAUGGUAUAGGCUCUUUGCCGCUGCCCCCUGCCCUGCAGGACUUCCUCAAGGAGUAUCACUAUAAACAGAAAGUACGAGUUCGCUGGCUGGAGAGGGAACCGCCACUCAAGGUCAAAUAGGGCGGGCUUCUCCAUUGCCUGUACACACACUGCAGCAGGAUCACAGAACUUGAGAAAUUCCUCAUUAGCCAAUUAGAGGCUAUGCUGAUAUGGCUCUCUUUCUGGUGGGGGAUGGAAUUUAAAUAUAACAAGCUAUACAAGAUUCAUUCUAAUCUUUGUUUUAGUUAUUACUUACAUCACAGAAAAUACAUAUGAUUAUAUUCAGUAUAAUGCUGUCUGGCAAGCACAUGUUUUUGUGUUGAACAGGUUGUUUUGACAGGGAGGGAAGGCACAAAUAUCAGUGCUUUGUGUCUUUUCUCUCCCGCUUUGUGCUAAACGUCUGCCUGAUCCCACAACAUCACCCUGCCUGUAGACCUGCCUGCAUGCCUCCCCUGUUCAUCCCAAAUUGCUAUUUAGGCCCACAUGGCUAUGUUGUACAGUUCACUUUGUGCUUUCUUUAUAUUUUUUUUUAAUUUCCUAAGCUUGUCAAAGCACCUAGUGGAUACACCUUCCCAAGAGGGUUUAAGGUGUGUAUGGGUUGAGAGGGCAUCUGGAGGUGCUAUUGGUAUAUUGCAGUCAGAGCUUGUCCCAUGGAUAGAGCUACAUAAGGCACAUUCUUUGCCAUCUCUUUGCACGCAUGAGUAUCACCUGAGCCAGAGACGAGGACAGAUUCUAAGAGGGUCCAGAGAGUUCAGGACAGCACAUCAGGGAAAAUAAGUGCUUUCUAAGGAUAAUACUCUAGUCCUUAAAAACACUAGUUCCUCCUUAAGCAGUAAUGGUGAAUGAUGAAUAAUAAAUCAGUCUACUGUGUACUAUUUAGUGAGCAAUCUAAACCUGUCAACUUUCUUUCCCCCGCUGUGCAGAAUUGCUUUUGAAACAGACUGUAAGGAAAUAUUCUGACAGUUCUUGCCAUGGUUACAGAUGUCAAAGCAGUCUGUCAGUUCUUCACUGGCCACAGGCUCUUCAACUCUGCACACUAUUGUGCACAUAGGCACCCAGUUCAUUUUUUUCCUGUAUGAAAUUUAGCUCCAAAGGUAACAUUUGAAUCGUGCUACGGCUUUCUAGUGUUUAGUUUUACACCUGCUUCUUUCAGUUAGCACCUUUGGGUGGCAUCUGGCGACACAGAAAGCUUGGACCCUGUGUUUUCAAGUUGGUUAUUUUUCUCCCAUUUUAACCAGGCACUAGUAACAUUGGUGCAGCUAGCUGUGCCCUGUGGUUAUUUAAAGGAAUGCUAACAGGUGCUUUCUGAGGAGUUGAGGGUGCGUGUGACAAGUGCUAGGUGAAGACAAUCGAUGAAAAUUCAAAAUGCCAGUGUCCCUUUAAACACAACAGUGAGCUGGUCUGCUCACACCAGUGAGGCUUGAUAGAUAAUGGGCUUUUUCAUGGGAGACCCCCCCUUAGUAACAGAUGAUGAAUGGGCCAGACAGACAACGUCAUAAAAUAAUCUGCUUGUGAAGAUGAAUUAAAACUCCCACGAUUAGAUUGCAGAACCCUUUCCUGCCUGAAUUUAUAUUUCUUUUAUGAAAACAUGUUAAAAUAUGUUGAGCUGUUUUAAUGAAGAGCACUGUGUCACCGACAGGAAAGAGGUCAUGCAGGCUUUUCUUGGGAGUUAAUGUCCCGCACUUAACAGCUAAUUACCCCAAGAAAUCCCCUCAUUGCCCGGUUGCAUUUAUAGUCAUAGCAUUGAGUGCAGGCAACACUUGACUCUCAAGAGGUUGGUAUAUACUUGAGAGCUUUAGUUAUGUAAUCUGAAUGAUUUCAGUUGUGUGGGACAAAAACACUGCUAGCUAUCCAGUCAUUUCUGUUGUGUUCUCGAUGUGAAGAGAAAAUAAGUGUAACCUAUGUGCCUUUUAGAAAACCAUUUGUCUUGUUUCAUAAUCAGUUGCUUUGUAGUCCAAACCUCGUGCAGAUGCUUCAACACAGUGCACUCGGAUGCUAUAAAAUGAGACUGAAGAGAAUAACAAUGAAGACGUGCAUGAGCUUAAAGCUCAAUGGGGGAAAAAAAACUGUAGUGGUGCUAUGUUGGUUAAGAUAUGACAGGUUAUUGAAAUGAUAAGUUUUACAUUAGCUACAUCUGUUCUCACUCACUAAUGCAUGCAUUAGUCCUUCGCUAUAUUAUGGCUUGUGUGGUAGUAUUAGGUUGGUAGAGGGUCCAAUGCCAGCCCUACUGUAGCAUAUUUCAGCUCAAUAUAUCCAUGUUUUUCCAGCCCUCACAUGUGUAGGUUCUUGGCUGCAACUUGACAAACAAAUCCUAAUGAGAGGGCAGGAAGGUUAACUCUCAACUGUGAGCAUGUUGAUCAGAAUAAUCCAACUUCUGAUGACAGUGCCUGAGUUGGCCAUCAGCAACAUGUUUGUCCUUAAUCUUAAUUAGUAGUAAAUACAUAUUAACUGGCUUUAAAAAAAAAAAAAAAAAAAAAAGAAAGAAAGUAGUUGAACUUUGAAUCAAACGUGUGCACAAGACUGUGGGAGAAUGAGGUGGGUGCAAACAAACAGAUUACCUUAAGGCGUUCAGAGAAUAUUGUUCUAAAAUAAAUACAAUUAUCUGGAAAUUCCAUUGAUGAAAACACUGCAGUUAAUGUGUAAAAGUGAAAUAUUAAAGCUGAAACACACAUGAGCUCAUGAUCACUGGAAGGGUUCAUCUGUAAAAGUUGUCAAACUAGUUCAUUUUUUUGUCUGUGUGUGUGUGUGUGUGCUCAUGUGUCUUAUCAGCCCGCACAUACGUUAAAGGUUAUUUUUGUUCUCAUCAGUGAGGAUGAAUCAUGAACAAGUGCAUUUUCUUGCCCAUGAAUAGCUGAGACGGUGACCAAAGUUCUUGCACACAGCUGUGUGUAUUAACUACUGGCCUAAUGCUUAUUGCAGUGCUCAGUGGUGCUAAAAUUUAAGCUAAAUUAUCAGCUUUACAAACAAAUGAAAGUUAAUUCCAUACUAUAGUAUGAAGACUACUCUUUUUUGCAACAUAUUCAUGAGGGAGGACAAGGCCGUGUAAAGCUCCCAUCUACACCCUGAAACUCAACACUCGUCCUAUUUUCACAUAUUUAUCAGGCAGUAAGAUCAUUUUUAUGCAGGUAGUAAAAGAUGUGCAGGUAAAGGAUUGAUAUUUCACAAACCGAUUUGUAAUUUCUAUACUAAAUUGUGGAUUGAUUAACAUUUAUCGAACAUUUCCCCACUUAAGAGUCUGGAACAUUUUCCACUUGCCGGCACUUUGUUGUCAGAAAUCAUGAAAACCACACGUUAGUCACCUGUAUAUGUUAGAGUGGCAGGAGUGAAUGUUAGGAGGAGGGGGAUAAGGCUGACAUUUUAGUUGCUUGCAUGUGCACUUUUAUGCUUCAUAAUUUUUAGCAUCCAACACUGUCAAAUAGAAGAAAUACAGACAGCAGCUUCAGAAAGUAUUCAGACCCCUUUAUUGUGUUUAUAGAUUUGAUUUUAUAAAUGACUGAAAUUGCCCAUCAAUCUACACUCACUAAUCCAAUGUUUUUUAAGUGAAAACAUGUUUUUACUAAUUUUUGCUAAUUUAUUAAAAAACUGAAAUCCCAUUUACAAAAGCAUUCAGACCCUUAAUUCAUUAUUCAAAUUUUUUGAAACUUAUGAAGCUCUGUUAGAGUGAGUGAGAGUCACCUCUCAGACCAGGGCUCUUUUUACCUGGUGACUCUGUCUAGCCUAUUGAUUCCAAACUUCUUCCAUUUCACAAUUGUUAGCUUUAGAAAUGGUUUUAUAUCCUUGUCCUGACCUUUGCCUCACCAUAGUUUAAAAUAAAAUCUACAACACAAUAAAGUGAAGGGGUCUGAAUUUUGAAAACCCACACACUGCUCACUGCCACUUGCCGAUCAUGCUGCUGCUUAGCAAUAGCAUAUAACGCCUUACCGUGCCCCACCCCACUUGUGGGCACUAAUCACAGGCUAAUUUUACCAUGUGGGGAUAUAAAUUUACUGGGUACUAUAAGGGCCACUUUGUGUUGCCUUAUGGCUGCUGUAUGACGGGAGGUGAUUUUUUAUUUUUUUUUUGUUGUUAUAUCCAACUGCUCUCUCCAUCUGGCCACAUCCCUAACAUCAUUGUGUUGAUGUAGAGGUGACUUUGGUUUAGAGUGAACUUAAGGCCUGUUUGUCCUGCCCUCUACUUUUUCUCCGAACCCUGUUAGGGCGAUGUUAGGAGAGAUGGAGCUGGCUCACUGAACGUGCUACAAUGUGCUCACAGAGAGGGCAAGGGAUUUGUUGAAGUAAAUAGCACUUUAAUUGUGUAUUUGUGUUCUACAGUGCAGGUCUGCAAAUAUUAGGACAGUGACAGUGUUUUUUGUAAUGUUGGCUCUUUACUCCAUCAUAUUUGAAAUGACAGUUCAGCUAAGUGACAACUUGAAGGUUUAACUUAAGGAUUUUUAUCUAUAUUGGGUGAUCAUGGUAGGAGUUAUACAGUUCCUCAAAUUUAACACAUUUACUUUCAUACUAAAAUUUGGUCUAACAUGUUUUGCAGUACCAAAGUCUCAAAAGUUGCACAUACAUGGGCAGACACUGUCUGUGCUGAUGUUCUGCGAGGCCUGGAGCUGCAUCCAUGUUCAUUCCUACUUGUUUUGGGAGCUUUUUGCCUUCAGUCUGGUUAUCAGGAAGUGAACGUCCUCGGUUGGACUGAGAUCAGGACUUGACCUGUUUUGGCUCCUCUUGGUCCUGUCUGUGUGAUAAGGAUCAUUGUUCGCCUGCUUUGACGUGAAAUUGCAUAUUUAAAAAAAAGCCAGUAUUCCCACUCUGUCCACCCAAUAUGGAUUUGAACACUCUCAAAUGUAGGAAAAGGACUGGGAGUUAGCACUUUUACCUCAUAGUCAUUGUUUCAUUACCAGUAUGCUGCACUACAGAGUCAAAACGACUGAAAAUGUCUCACUGUCCGAAUACUUGUGGACAGCACUGUAUGUGUAUUAGCUCAAGAUGGCGAGACUUGUGUGAGUGUUGCGAAGAAGCCGGUGGUCCUGAAAAUAUUUCACUUAUAUUCAGGUGUUGUAAGCUUUGUCGAUAGAGGUGUAUGCUCCAGCAUGCUGCAGACUCUGUGCAUGCGUGUGUGUUGUGUGGCAGUAUAUUAGUGUAUGGACAGAGCCACACGAGGGUUCCAGUGGAGGGGAAGCAGAGUCGACUGUGAGGGGUGAUGACAGUGACUCCAGUGAACAAUGCCUCUCUGCCCCUGUUCCACCCGCCCCACCCCCCUUAUUCUCAGGCAGGCCCGUUGCAAGGAGAGUCCCAGGACCCUCUCAACCCAGUUUUCCCCAUGGGAAAUAUCUGAUGUUAAGCGUAGCACAUGUUUGCCAUAUAACCCGUAGAUUUAGGAGAAGAAAAAAAAAAAACAUUGUAUGUAUGAUGAAUGAUGGGAGUUAUGUAUUAGGAGCCUGAUGAAAAGAUAUUUUAUUCUUCUGUGGUGCAUUAACUGUCUGGAACACACACAUUUGCACACACCAUGACAUUUCCUCUAACACCUACACUACCCCAGGUAUUGACACACACCACACCCUCCCACCAAGCCCACCCUUAGCCAGGGAUGUGUAAAGAUGGACCACAUUUAGCCAGCACCACCUUUGUGUGUGACUCCCCCACAAAAAGGGAAAACAAAGAUGGGUGUUUAUGUGUAUAUUCUAUGUUCUUAAAAAAAAAAAACAAAAUGCCAUGAAUUGAACUAUUUUGACCUUAUAUUGUAAUUAGUAUGACACUAUUUAGCUGCACUAUGAGAGCCUCGCUUGUGGCAAGAAACCACUGGGUCUGGUCUGGAUGAGAGACAGGCUGGUUAUGUCGCUAGUUGUCCCUUUUUACAGCAACAACAGCAACACCCCAGGAUGUAAGACUCCUACCCCCCACCUCGGUACGACUCAUGGUUUCAGCUGUUAAGAGGACAAACAAAAAAAAAAGAUAUUUUAAAUUUUUUUUCCUUGUUCCCAUAUAUAUUUUAGAAAGCUGGGUUAAGUGCUAUAUACAAACGGAAAAAGAUGUAUGAAAGAAUUAUUAUUUUCAUUAUUACUUCUCCCUAAUAUGCAAUGGAGUGUAGUGUAACAAUGGUUGCAAUCCUCUGUCACUUUAAUGCUGUAUGUGCACAUUGGUUGCUGUGUGGAUGUGGGUGCCGAGGCAACAGGACUUGACAAUGAUGGGAACUAAUGGUUGUCACUCUGCAGCGCUGCCGUGUUCCCAGACUGCCUUAUUCGUUCUGACCAAUCACGAAAAGCCCUUUUAAAUCCAGGGCUGCAGCCACUGCCACAGGCUGACCAAGCUGUAGUCAGACGAAUAUCGCUGUUCCAUUUUCUUCUGCUUUUCCUUGCUUUUUCUUUUUCUUUUUCUCUUCUUUUUUUUUCUUCUUUUCUUCUGCUGUCAGGUAGGAUUUGGAGCGUGUAAAUGGCAUAAUCAUGUUCACAUCUCACUGUCUGUUCUGUGUAUCUGCUUCACCAUUCAAAGAGAAAAAAAAAACUGUUGUUUUCCAGUAUAACCUGUUCAUUUUUAAAGAGCCGUAUGAUGCGACACUUGUAGCUGUCACUCUUGGUGCUUGGCUUAUGCUUCAUUGUCUUAAUAUUCCAAAUAAAACUGUUAAGUGUAAU